ACUGGUUUCAAGUGUGGAAUCAACUAUCAGCCUCCUACAGUUGUUCCUGGAGGAGACCUUGCCAAGGUGCAACGUGCGGUUUGCAUGAUCAGCAACAACACUGCGGUGGCUGAGGUGUUCUCCCGCAUUGACCAUAAAUUUGAUCUCAUGUAUGCAAAGCGUGCUUUUGUGCAUUGGUAUGUUGGAGAAGGAAUGGAGGAAGGCGAGUUUUCGGAGGCUAGGGAGGAUCUUGCUGCCCUCGAGAAAGAUUACGAGGAAGUCGGUGCUGAGGGUGCUGAUGAUGAUGGGGAAGAACCGGAGGACUAUUGAGUUAGUGGGGAUUCAUUGAGUUUGGGUGUGGCUCCAGUCUUGUUGAUUUGUUUUGUUGUACUUGUGCUAGAUAUGCUUUCAUGUUGCCAUAUAUUUCAAACCUUUGUGGUGGUGGUCUUCUUCCAUGCGUGAUUUUCCUUUUUGGAUUUUUAAAGUUUACUGGGUGUUAACAUGGAAUUGCUUAGAUUCACUUUGGUCAUCUUAUAUUUUGACUUGUAUUUUUGAGCUUAGUAGUUCUGGAUGACAA